CUAAGUCGCACACACAAAUUCUCCUUUCUUAAAUUAAAUUGCACAAUUCGAAAAAAUUAUCGCGAGUCUUUGAUUAAAAAAAAUAUAUCCUCGAAAAACUAAACGAUUUAAAAACUUUUUCAACGUCCACUUGUGUAUCAUCCACAACAACUUAAAAAAAAAUGGUUAAAUUCCAAAUUGUCGCACUGUGCGCCGUGCUCGCCUUCAUCGCCUGCAUUGCCAGCAUCGAAGCUGAACCACAACAACGUGGCCAACGCGUCUACUACCGUCCGGCAGCUGCGCGUUACCAGCGUCCACGCACCCGUUAUCUGGCGCGUCAAGAGGAAGCCGAUGCCGUACCCGAGGCACCAGCAGUCACGCCAUAUCCCUCUGCCGAUGAACUGAAACCAGCUGUGCCCUUCGAUGAAGGCGCACCCGCCACCAACAUUCCCGACGAGGUCUACGGUCCACCAGAGGCCAACCAGCCCGAUGAGGUAUACGGUCCACCAGAGGUCUCCGGCAACGAAUUGCCCGCUGAUGCCGACGUCGCGCCUGUCGAUGACGUGCCAGCUGCCGACCCAGCUGCCGAAAGCUUCCCCGCUCCCUUGGACGAACAACAAGCGCGCCUGGUCGCUGCUCGUCGCGCCGCUGCGCUGCGCCAACGUCAACGCAAAGCGGCUGCUUACCGUCAAGCCUUGGCUGCCCGUGCUGCCGCGCGCCCUCUGAAGUACAAGGUUGUUGCCCAGCGCCGCCAUUGA